AUGGAGACUCCUGCGAGAUCUAGCCGCGCGCAUCGUCUCAACCGGGGUCCGCUAUAUUUUCAGCCAUGGUCGUUGCCUGCAGUCGCUAUUGUCCUCGUCGUGGUCACGAUGUUGUCUGGGAGGGCUGUGGGAGAAUUGAUACAAACGGGGGACAAUGGGGACCUGAUAAACCGCAGUGGGCUUGUUAUGUCCACCACGGACGGAACACGGACAUACUCAGUCCCAAUAAACCAACUGCCACUAGAUGCCAAUCACGAUCAAGCUAAUACAAGGAAAGUGAAGAACUUUGUCAACAACCUAGUCCUGUACACUUCCGAUACGGACCGGGAAUUCUCCACUGGCAACUUGGCAUUCAUAUCCUGCGACUCCUCCAACGGAAAUAAUGCCUCCGCUUGCCUUCCUCAAAGCAAUCUCCCAGAAACCCCAACCAUACUGCGUGAUAUUCUACACCGUCGAGCACGACUAUUGCGACUACAAUCCACAGCAAGACUACAAUUACGACCUCGUAUUUACAACCUCGACAGAGAAUCUGCAAACGACUUCCAGCUCCUCAUGAAUACCACCGGCGAUAAGCUCGACCGAAACAGCUUGUCUUCCAACCAGAAUAACAGCGUUCUGGGACCCUCGCCGUCCUACAAGCGUGGCGUUGAUAAUCCUCUACAGCAUCACCGGAGUUAUCACUGCGUUGUUCCUGCUUAUCAUCCUGAUCGGUGCAAUCCGGGCCCACAAGGCAUCCGGAACGUUACGGCCCGCGAGCGCCCCGGUUUGGCCGCCCCCGCCAGUCACGAGCCAAAGGCCUUGCAAGAGCAGUCUUGGACACCCUGCCGAUCGUCCGUUUCGGAGACCCGCCAGCUCCGGAAGGUGCCAAUGAUGGAUGUCAAACCAACUGACCUGGAGAUGGCACCUGACUCAAUCACAUCCAGGACAUCCGAAGAUGAUCGUAGAAGGUCUGUCGUGCCUUCGGUAGCAUCACAGUCCACCCCGAGUGUAAGUGGAAUUGCGCCGGUUUCUGGUGAGGAUGCUGCUGCGAGGGAGGGUGCCGAGCCGGCGGUGAUGUCAACGUCAGAGAUGGAUCCGUCGCAGCUGAGGUGCCCGGUUUGUAUGGAAGACUUUGAGUCUGGAGUGGAUCUGCGUGUCCUGCCGUGCCCAUCACAGUUUCCACCCAGAUUACCAGCGUCAAUCCAUCGAAGUAACCCCUCACCAGCCCCAGAACCAGUUCAGAGUGGCAGCCGCAUAAUGCGCUAUCUCGAUAUCGCACGCGGCAGCUCUUCAAGUGACGAACGCAUGGCCGCCUUGAGGCAGCUGCGAGAAGAGAACGGCACCCAGACCGCCAAGGAGCCGCGCGCCAGAGUUGGGGAUCAGUAG